CCACGUGACUUUGUUCGAACCACAAGGUCGGUCGAUAAGACAUCGUGUAAAUCAUUCAACCCGUUGCAGACUACAGAUGGGAAUGAGCUGAUGGACAAUCCACAGGAAGAUUUAGUGAAACUGGAUUCCGAAAGGUCAGAUGAACCGUGCGAACACAGUCAGGUUUCCAACAUCUCACAUUUUGAACAAAAGGCUCGCAAAACGUUGUAUGAUGUGUCUGCAGCCGAAGAUGAACACCGUGAUCUGCUAUAUUCCAUUUUCAAUCUGGGCAUUCUGACCGAACCAGACACAAAGAAAAUUCGCAUUUGUCACGAACGACUGGUAAACCGGAUUCGUCGGGCAAUCUUGAACCCUCUGCUGGAGGAGAAAAAGGAACUCAUGAAAGCCAAACUUCGAGCAUAUUGUGAAGAGUUUAUCCAAAUCGUUGACGAACGUGUACUCCCAUUCUACUGGGUCUCAGUGUUUGUGAAGGGAAAUCUACUGCGCAUGAAAGCGGACUUUUUGCGAUACCUGUUUGAAAUACACCCCGAGAACGGAAUUUAUCAAGUGCGUGCUCACAAUGCUUACACAGAGGCUAAAGCCUUCUUUGCGGAACAUCGAAUGAACAAAUCGCUGGAAUGGUGUCGACUGAAGUUAAACUAUGCUACUCUACUCUAUUUGGAUGGAUUCCCCACUGCAGCCAUGUUCAGUUGUCAGCAGUUGUUGAAAUCGGCAAAGUCGAAAGUGUACGAUGCGCGAUUCGAACGAAGAGUUCGGAAGAAUGUUGAUUUCUUCAAAAGGAAUGCUUUGAGUUGAGGGUUUCUGGUCGUUCUGUACUACAAAAUAUGGAUGAACUUUUAUGGUGCACUGCUUCCGGUCAAAUGAAAUUUUGGUUUGCAUGGAAGUUUGUUGGUUUUAGUCAAUAAAUGAAGGAGUU